AAGCUCGCGCACUCACAGCCCCGCACUCUUCUGGUCCAGACCCAGACUCAGAGAGAACCCACCAUGGUGCUGUCUGCCGCCGACAAGAGCAAUAUCCAGGCCGCCUGGGGCAAGGUUGGCGGCCACGCUGCAGAUUAUGGCGCAGAGGCCCUGGAGAGGAUGUUCCUGAGCUUCCCCACCACCAAGACCUACUUCCCCCACUUCGACCUGAGCCACGGCUCCGCCCAGGUCAAGGGCCACGGCGCGAAGGUGGCCAACGCGCUGACCAAAGCGGUGGGCCACCUGGACGACCUGCCCGGUGCCCUGUCUGAACUGAGUGACCUGCACGCUCACAAGCUGCGUGUGGACCCGGUCAACUUCAAGCUUCUGAGCCACUCCCUGCUGGUGACCCUGGCCUCCCACCUCCCCAAUGAUUUCACCCCCGCGGUCCACGCCUCCCUGGACAAGUUCUUGGCCAGCGUGAGCACCGUGCUGACCUCCAAAUACCGUUAAGCUGGAGCCUCGGCGACCCUACCCUGGCCUGGAGCCCCCUUGCGCUCUGCGCACUCUCACCUCCUGAUCUUUGAAUAAAGUCUGAGUGGGCUGCA